GAGGUCGCCCCCGCCCCUCCCCUCAUCUCCUCCAAGAUGGCGAGCGGUGGCAGCGGGGGGGUUUCGGUACCUGCGCUAUGGAGUGAAGUGAACCGUUACGGCCAGAACGGCGACUUCACGCGCGCUCUCAAGACCGUCAACAAGAUUCUGCAGAUCAACAAAGAUGAUGUUACUGCCCUACACUGUAAAGUGGUAUGCCUUAUUCAGAAUGGAAGUUUCAAGGAAGCCUUGAAUGUCAUCAAUACUCACACCAAAGUGUUAGCCAAUAACUCUCUCUCCUUUGAGAAGGCAUAUUGUGAAUACAGGCUGAACAGAAUUGAGAAUGCCUUGAAGACAAUAGAAAGUGCCAACCAGCCAACAGACAAACUAAAGGAGCUUUAUGGACAAGUGUUAUACCGUUUGGAACGCUAUGAUGAAUGUUUAGCAGUGUAUAGAGAUCUUGUCCGAAACUCCCAAGAUGAUUAUGAUGAGGAGAGGAAAACAAACCUUUCAGCAGUUGUUGCAGCUCAAAGCAAUUGGGAAAAAGUGGUUCCAGAGAACUUGGGCCUGCAAGAAGGCACACAUGAACUGUGCUACAAUGCUGCAUGUGCACUGAUAGGACAAGGCCAGCUCAACCAGGCAAUGAAAAUCCUACAGAAAGCUGAAGAUCUUUGCCGCCGUUCAUUAUCAGAAGACUCUGAUGGGACUGAGGAAGACCCACAGGCAGAACUGGCCAUCAUUCACGGUCAGAUGGCCUAUAUUCUGCAGCUUCAGGGUCGUACAGAGGAAGCUUUGCAACUUUACAAUCAAAUAAUAAAACUAAAACCGACAGAUGUGGGAUUACUAGCUGUAAUUGCAAAUAACAUCAUUACCAUUAACAAGGACCAAAAUGUCUUUGACUCCAAGAAGAAGGUGAAAUUAACUAAUGCAGAAGGAGUAGAAUUUAAGCUUUCCAAGAAACAACUGCAAGCUAUAGAAUUUAACAAAGCUUUACUUGCGAUGUACACAAACCAGGCAGAACAAUGCCGCAAAAUAUCUGCCAGUUUGCAGUCCCAAAGUCCUGAGCAUCUCCUGCCUGUGUUAAUCCAAGCUGCCCAGUUCUGUCGCGAAAAGCAGCACACAAAAGCAAUAGAGCUGCUUCAGGAAUUUUCAGAUCAGCAUCCAGAGAAUGCAGCUGAAAUUAAGCUGACCAUGGCACAGUUGAAAAUUUCUCAAGGUAAUAUUUCGAAAGCAUGUCUAAUAUUGAGAAGCAUAGAGGAGUUAAAGCAUAAACCAGGCAUGGUGUCUGCAUUAGUGACUAUGUACAGCCAUGAGGAAGAUAUUGAUAGCGCCAUUGAGGUCUUCACACAAGCUAUCCAGUGGUAUCAAAACCAUCAGCCCAAAUCUCCUGCUCAUUUAUCCUUGAUAAGAGAAGCUGCAAACUUUAAACUGAAAUACGGGCGGAAGAAGGAGGCAAUUAGUGACCUAGAACAGCUAUGGAAACAAAAUCCAAAAGAUAUUCAUACCCUGGCACAGCUUAUUUCUGCUUACUCACUUGUAGAUCCAGAGAAAGCCAAAGCUCUUAGUAAACACUUGCCCUCGUCGGAUAGUAUGUCUCUAAAAGUAGAUGUUGAGGCUCUUGAAAAUUCUCCUGGUGCUACAUACAUUCGGAAGAAGGGUGGAAAAGUUACCGGAGAUAGUCAACCAAAGGAGCAAGGACAGGGAGAUUUGAAAAAGAAGAAGAAGAAAAAGAAGGGUAAGGCUUUUUAA